GUCCGGGGCCCGGGGCGGGGGUCCGGGCUGGUGGCCCGUGCGUCUCCAGGCUUUUCCUGAAGAAAACGCACGCAGCGUUUCCACUGAAUGACGGCCUUGGCUUCCCCUAGGACCCGGCAGUUGGGCUGUGGAGUGUGUUACUGAUUCAUCCUCUCUCUGCCUCUGUCAUCAUAGGUUUAAACUUAAACGAUCGCCCUCGGAGGAGGAGGGGACCAGCCGCGCGAUUGACAGUCUAUUCCUGCAGGCGCCGUCCCUCAGCCCCCACCCCACGGCCGGAUUCCCGGGGCUCUGCUCCGGGCUGAAACCCGAGAAGAAAUCCUGAGAUCUCUUUCUUUCCAACAAAUACGAAUCGAGAAACCAUCGGCAUUUUGCCUUGGCGUUUCCUAUUGGAAAGAUGAAGAAGUUUUUCGACUCCAGGCGGGAGCAGGGCAGCUCUGGCCUGGGCUCAGGCUCCAGCGGUGGAGGGGGCAGCAGCUCAGGCCUGGGCAGUGGCUACAUCGGAAGGGUCUUCGGCAUCGGGAGGCAGCAGGUCACCGUGGACGAGGUGCUGGCGGAAGGUGGAUUCGCUCUUGUCUUUCUGGUGAGAACAAGCAAUGGGGUGAAAUGUGCCUUGAAACGUAUGUUUGUCAACAAUGAGCAUGACCUCCAGGUGUGCAAGAGGGAAAUCCAGAUCAUGAGGGACCUCUCAGGUCACAAGAACAUUGUGGGCUACAUUGAUUCUAGUAUCAACAAUGUGAGCAGUGGCGACGUCUGGGAAGUUCUCAUUCUCAUGGACUUCUGCAGAGGAGGCCAGGUGGUAAACCUGAUGAACCAGCGUCUCCAGACAGGCUUCACAGAGAACGAAGUGCUGCAGAUAUUCUGUGACACCUGCGAGGCUGUUGCUCGCUUGCAUCAGUGCAAAACUCCUAUUAUCCACCGGGACCUGAAGGUUGAAAAUAUCCUCUUGCAUGACCGAGGCCACUAUGUCUUGUGUGACUUUGGAAGUGCCACCAACAAAUUCCAGAAUCCACAGGCCGAGGGAGUCAAUGCAGUAGAAGAUGAGAUUAAGAAAUACACAACGCUGUCCUAUCGAGCUCCAGAAAUGGUCAACUUGUACAGUGGCAAAAUCAUCACUACGAAGGCAGACAUUUGGGCUCUUGGCUGUUUGUUGUAUAAAUUAUGCUACUUCACUUUGCCAUUUGGGGAGAGCCAGGUGGCAAUCUGUGAUGGAAGCUUCACAAUUCCCGAUAACUCUCGAUACUCGCAAGACAUGCACUGCCUUAUUAGGUAUAUGUUGGAACCAGACCCUGACAAGAGGCCAGAUAUUUACCAAGUUUCUUACUUCUCAUUUAAACUACUCAAGAAAGAAUGCCCAGUUCCAAAUGUACAGAACUCUCCCAUUCCUGCAAAACUUCCUGAACCAGUGAAAGCCAGUGAAGCAGCUGUAAAAAAGACCCAGCCAAAGGCCAGACUGACAGAUCCCAUUCCCACCACAGAGACUUCAAUCACACCCCGCCAGAGGCCCAAGGCUGGGCAGACUCAGCCAAACCCAGGAAUCCUUCCCAUUCAGCCAGCUCUGACUCCUCGUAAGAGGGCCACCGUUCAGCCCCUACCUCAGGCUGCUGCGGGACCCAGCAAUCAGCCUGGCCUUCUAGCCAGCGUUCCCCAACCUAAAGCCCAAGCCACACCCAGUCAACCUCUUCAGCCAUCUCAGCCCAAGCAGCCGCAAGCUCCGCCCACCCCACAGCAGACACCAUCUACGCAGGCUCAAAGUCUGCCCGCCCAGGCCCAGGCCACUCCCCAGCACCAGCAGCAGCUCCUCCUCAAGCAGCAGCAGCCCCAGCAGCAGACAGCACCACAGCAGCCAACAGGCACCUUUUACCAGCAGCAACAGCCCCAGCCCCAGCCCCAGCCCCAGCAGCAGCAGCAGCAGCAGCAGCAGCAGCAGCAGCAGGCUCAGACUCAGCAGUUUCAGGCAGUACAUCCAGCAGCCCAGCAACCAGUUACUGCACAGUUCCCUGUGGUAUCCCAGGGAGGCUCUCAGCAACAGCUAAUACAGAACUUCUACCACCACCAGCAGCAGCAACAACAGCAGCAGCAGCAGCAGCAGCUGAUGACUCAGCAGGCUGCCCUGCAGCAGAAGACUGCUGUGGUAGUACCACAGCCUCAGGCACAGCCGGCUACCGCCCCACAGCCAGCCACCGCCCAGGAGCCUGCGCAGAUUCAAGCCCCAGCAAGACAACAGCCAAAGGUUCAGACAACUCCACCUCCAACCAUCCAAGGCCAGAAAGUUGGAUCUCUCACUCCUCCAUCAUCCCCCAAAACUCAACGUGCUGGGCACAGGCGGAUUCUUAGUGAUGUAACCCACAGUGCAGUUUUUGGGGUUCCUGCCAGCAAAUCAACCCAGCUGCUUCAAGCAGCUGCAGCUGAGGCCAGUCUCAAUAAAUCUAAGUCUGCAACCACUACUCCUUCAGGCUCUCCACGGACCUCGCAGCAGAAUGUCUCUAAUGCUUCAGAAGGCUCCACGUGGAAUCCUUUUGAUGACGACAACUUCUCCAAACUCACAGCUGAAGAGCUGCUGAACAAGGACUUCGCCAAGCUUGGGGAAGGAAAGCUUCCUGAGAAGCUUGGUGGCUCUGCAGAGAGUUUGAUCCCAAGCUUCCAGCCAACGCAAGGAGAUGCCUUUGCUACUUCCUCGUUUUCUGCUGGAACCGCUGAAAAAAGGAAGGGUGGUCAGGCUGUGGACUCUGGCAUCCCACUCCUAAGUGUGUCUGAUCCUUUCAUUCCUCUUCAAGUACCCGAUGCUCCAGAAAAACUAAUCGAGGGACUCAAAUCUCCUGAUACUUCUCUUCUGCUCCCUGACCUCUUGCCUAUGGCAGAUCCUUUUGGCAGUACUUCCGAUGCUGUGAUUGAAAAAGCCGAUGUUGCUGUUGAAAGUCUCAUUCCUGGACUGGAGCUGCCUGUUGCCCAGCGCCUUCCAUCUCAGACGGAGUCUGUGACCUCGAACCGCACAGACUCUCUCACUGGGGAAGACUCUCUGCUUGACUGUUCUCUGCUUUCUAACCCUACUGCUGACCUUCUGGAAGAGUUUGCCCCUAUAGCACUUUCUGCUCCCACUCACAAAGCUGCAGAAGAUAGUAAUCUCAUCUCAGGUUUUGGUGUCGCUGAGGGCUCGGAAAAGGUGGCAGAAGAUGAGUUUGACCCUAUUCCUGUACUGAUAACCAAAAACACACAAGGUGGGCACUCUAGAAACAGCAGUGGGAGCUCUGAGUCCAGUCUUCCCAACCUAGCCAGGUCUUUGCUGCUGGUGGAUCAGCUCAUAGACCUGUAGCCGUGAGCCAGUAGCAGACGCAGUUCUGUAACCUUCAUGCCGUAAUACACAUUUCAUUACGGAGUUAUGAGAAAAAUGAUUUUUUUUUUAAUCUGCAAAUAAGGGGCCCUCAAGCCCCUUUCUCCUACCCCUUGCCUUCUCCUAUAGAAAUGAUAAGGAAAGAAAAAUCUCUGACCCUCCAGAUCCGCUCCUUGGCCGGCUCCCCUCGUUAGUUUGCUGUGUUUUCUCACUCCCCAUCUUCAAUGGCAUUAUCUUAACUCAAGUGCUGACUGCCCUGAGCUUCACCUCUGCUGGACUCCACUCACAGAAGCUUGGCUGUCACUGAGCCUGUGAUGGACACUUUGUCUCACUCUUGCUAGGAAUGGCCCCCAUGUCAGUCCUAUAGCCCGUCUCCCAGAUGCUGAUGAGUGUGUCCAUUCUUGCUUUUUAUCUCGAUGCAGUCUCCUGAGGACAUGGCGGUUGUGGCUGGUCUUACCCCCAGGCAGAAGUCUGGAGACAGAUGUGCAGUUAAAACAGGGCAAAACUAGUAAGAUGUGUUUGUGAAGAGAAAUUGGGCUCAGCUCUGGCCAGCCAGCUUUGACCUUGUUUGGUAGUAGGAUGAGCCAAAGGCUCUUAAGCCCCAUGCAACCUUCCCGGCGUUUGUCUAGCUAUCUGGCGUCCAUUGAAUCGUGAUUUUUUUCAAAUCUGGAGGUGUGACUGCAAGUGCUUGAGAUCCUUGAAUAAAUGCGUAUGUGAUAUAAAUACCAAGCAUUGCCAUCCUUCCGUGUUACCUGGCCCAAGCUGGGAAUCUCAGAAUUAGACCAAAACAAGACAGUGGUGGGAACAUGAAACCUUUUACUAGAAGACUUUUCAUGGGGGGGGGGUGGAUGGGGAAGGGAAGGAAUUGUAGCAGAAACAGAUGUAUUUUUCUUGUGAUUUUUUAUUUUGAAUCAAAUAUUGUAAAUUGUGUAUAAAUGAAGAUGCUGACUAGUUCUGUUUCUCCUUGGCAUUUCAAGUCUGACAUCAGGUGUCUGUACAGGGUUUUGAUCUCCCCCGUGUAUAACCACACAGCGUUCCUACAGUGUAACACAUGGAAUUAUUGCAGGCACAGUGUAUGCCUUGCUCUAAGCUUUCCGCAGGCCUCUGUCUCUGUAGAGCCAAGCAUGUUGUUUAUUUUCAGAUAAUCAGAAAUAAGUGUGCUGGGCACAGUCUGACUGUGGCUGCUUACCUCCUCUCUGUUGUUUAAGUUGAAGGCUGAAGCUGAUGGAAUGCGUGCAGUGGCUUUCCUUGGCUUCCUAGAUUUAAAAGACCAAACAAAGAGUAGUUCUUCCCUGACCGUAGACUAUUGUUCAGAGAUUUAAAUAAAGGCCCCUGCACUUGCCCUACAACAUGCCUCCCGCUCACCCUGUGUGUACUUACUCAUCAAGGAGUGUUUCAUUUCCUUCUGUGGAGAGCACUUUUUGUAAAAUCACCCUUCAGAAGAGGAGUGGGCGCAGAGAACCCUUUCCUCGAGUGCUGUCCUUCAGGGUUGGAAAGGAAACUCUUGAGUUCAUCAGAUUUGUACAAAUAAAAUCCCAAAUCCGUUUGCUUGUUCUCUGCUACUAUGUUGUUUUUUUCUUGCUCACAUUGCACUUUAAGUGGUGGGGAACCAGCAGCAGCAAGCGCCUGCAAACACUGCCCUAUGGAGGGCCACCGUUGUCUC